AUGGCUUUGGAUAGGAGAAACUAUAUGCAACUUGUGGACAAAACUGUUGAGAUUGCUAACGAAGUUGGUGUUAAAGAUAUUUUAGUGAAAGUUGUUGAGGAUCUAAAAGAUGAGAGUGAACCGUACAGGGUUAUGGUUAUGGAAACAAUUGAAAAGAUGAUAUCGAAUUUGGGUGCAUCAGGUGUUGAUGCUCAUGGACAGAGAUUUAGUUCAUAG